AUUACAGGCUUUCCAUUUCAUUUCCAGAUUGGUUUUAAGGCUGUGUGGCCUCGCUUUAUUUAUUUAUUUUGAAGUUAAGAGGGUGGCUGCUAAAGAUGCAGGAGGUGAUGUGGGGAUGCUGCUAGCUACUGCGCGCCGUGGGAAGCACACACAGGAUGAAGAGGAGCUCCCUGCUCUCCUAACCCUUUGCUGGUGAUUUGGAAGCAGCCCCUGCCCCGCCUGCUCCUUGGCCAUGUCUGGCUCCACGCAGCCCGUGACGCAGAGCUGGCGCGCGGCCGAGCCGCGCUACCCGCCGCACGCCAUGUCCUACCCGGUGCAGAUUGCCCGGCCGCACGCGGACGUGGCCCUGUUGGAGUACCAGCAUCAUUCCAGGGAUUUUGCUUCCCACCUCCCGCCGGGGUCGAUCAUGCAGCCGCAGCGGCGGAGGCCGUCCCUGCUCUCCGAGUUCCAGCCGGGCAAUGAAAGAUCUCAGGAGCUGCACCUGAGAGCCGAGGGCCAUUCCUAUCUCUCUGACCUGACCAAGCCAUCGGACUUGGAGUUCAUUGAAACCAAGAGGCCACGCCUGGAGCUGCUGCAGGACCCCCUGAUCAGGCACUCGCCCCUCCUGAGCCAGAGCCAGCAGGGAGGCACAGAGGAUCUCUCAAAGGAUCGUGGCCUGCCUGGCAAACUGGAGCCUGUGUCUCCUGUGAGCCCUGCUCACCCUGACACUGAGCUGGACCUGCUGCCAGCCCGGCUCUCCAAGGAGGAGCUCAUCCAGAACAUGGACCGCGUGGACCGCGAGAUCACCAUGGUGGAGCAGCAGAUCUCCAAGCUGAAGAAGAAGCAGCAACAGUUGGAGGAAGAAGCAGCCAAACCACCAGAGCCUGAAAAACCCAUCUCUCCCCCUCCUAUCGAGUCCAAACAUCGCAGCUUGGUGCAGAUCAUCUACGACGAGAACAGGAAGAAGGCGGAGGCUGCCCACCGGAUCCUGGAAGGGCUGGGUCCCCAGGUGGAGCUGCCGUUAUACAACCAGCCUUCAGACACCAGGCAGUACCAUGAGAACAUUAAAAUAAACCAGGCAAUGCGGAAAAAGUUAAUUUUAUACUUUAAAAGGAGAAAUCAUGCGCGCAAACAGUGGGAACAGAAGUUUUGCCAGCGCUAUGACCAGCUGAUGGAGGCCUGGGAAAAAAAAGUGGAGCGCAUUGAAAAUAACCCCCGGCGCCGCGCCAAGGAGAGCAAAGUGCGGGAAUACUAUGAGAAGCAAUUCCCGGAGAUCCGGAAGCAACGCGAGCUGCAAGAGCGCAUGCAGAGGUUAGAGGAGAAGCGCAGGGUAGGACAGAGGGGCAGCGGCGGGCUCUCCAUGUCAGCCGCGCGCAGCGAGCACGAGGUGUCCGAAAUCAUCGACGGGCUCUCGGAACAAGAGAACCUGGAGAAGCAGAUGCGCCAGCUCGCCGUCAUCCCGCCCAUGCUCUACGAUGCUGACCAGCAGCGCAUCAAAUUCAUCAACAUGAACGGCCUCAUGGACGACCCCAUGAAGGUCUACAAGGACCGGCAGGUGAUGAACAUGUGGAGUGAGCAGGAGAAGGAGACCUUCCGGGAAAAGUUCAUGCAGCAUCCCAAGAACUUCGGCCUGAUCGCGUCCUUUCUGGACAGGAAGACAGUGGCUGACUGUGUCCUCUAUUACUACCUGACCAAGAAGAAUGAGAAUUACAAGAACCUCGUGAGAAGGAAUUACCGGCGGCGCGGGAAGAGCCAGCAGCAGCAAAUGCCCCGGAGCAGCCAAGAAGAGAAAGAUGAAAAAGAGAAAGAAAAAGAGAAGGAGGGAGAAAAGGAAGAAGACAAGCAGGAAGCAGAAAAUGACAAAGAAGAACUGACAAAGGACAAGAACGACGACACAUCCGGAGAAGACAACGAUGAGAAAGAAACGGUCACCUCCAAAGGGCGCAAAACCGCCAACAGCCAGGGCCGGCGCAAGGGCCGCAUCACCCGCUCCAUGGCCAACGAGGCCAACAACGAGGAGGCAGCCACGCCACAGCAGAGUGCCGAGCUGGCUUCCCUGGAAAUGAAUGAAAGCUCUCGCUGGACCGAAGAGGAGAUGGAGACGGCUAAAAAGGGUCUCCUUGAGCAUGGGCGGAACUGGUCGGCCAUUGCCAGGAUGGUGGGCUCCAAGACCGUGUCGCAGUGCAAAAACUUCUACUUCAACUACAAGAAGAGGCAGAACUUGGACGAGAUCCUACAGCAGCACAAACUGAAAAUGGAGAAAGAAAGGAACGCCAAGAGGAAGAAGAAAAAAGGCGCCGCUGUUCAGAACGAAGAAGCCGCCUUCCCUCCCGCAGCCGAGGACGAGGAGAUGGAGGUGUCAGGGACGAGUGGCAACGAGGAGGAGAUGGCAGAGGAGGCGGAAGGUGAGGCAGCUGCAGUAAAUAACAGCUCCGACACCGAGAGCAUUCCCUCGCCAAGGCCCGAAGCCAAGGAAGGAGGCGAAAACGGGGCCAAGGCACCACCCGGGCCGGGAGGUGACGCCGGCACAGAACCGGCAGUCAAGUGGGAAGAGGCUCCAGCACCCCCUGAGGCUCCCCCUGCUCCCCCACCCAACCCUGCUCCUGCUGCCAGCCCCCCGCCAGAGACAGCCCCGGAGCCGCCCAGCAGCGAGGAGAAGCCGGAGGACCUGGUGGUGGACGUGGUGAAAACGGAGGAGCCGGAGGAGAAGGUGAGCGAGGAGCCCUGCAAGAGCGAGGUGAAGAAGGAGGAGAGCGAAGAGAGCCAGGAGAAGGACAAGGGGAAUGACAAGAAGGUGGAAAGCGGGGUCAGCAGCGCAGGGACGGCGGGGACGGAGGGGACGCCCAAGGCCGAGAAGAAGGAGAGCCAUAAGAGCAGCAAAGGCGCCGGGGUGAACCCCGACAGCGACUCCAGCGCGACCUGCAGCGCAGACGAGAUGGAUGAGCAGGAUGCUGUGGACAAGAGCAGGUUGCUGUCCCCCCGGCCCAGCCUGCUCAGCACCCCCAGCGAUGCCAGGCUCAACUCCUCGCCGCAGAAACCGCUGGACCUGAAACAGCUGAAGCAGAGAGCUGCUGCCAUCCCUCCCAUUAUUUCGGAAGGUUUCUCCGAGGGGGUGUUGCAGAGUGGAAGCGCGAAGCCUCAGGUGCCUCCCCACGCCUUGGCUCUCUACCAGCAGCAGAUCACGAAAGCCCACGAGUCUGCCCGCGAGGACGUGCCCCCGAGCAAGCUCUCCCAGUCCCAGCAGCAGCAGGCUGAGAAGGAGCAGCAGCAGCCCAGCAGCAGUCCCAGGGGGAAGAGCCGGAGCCCCGCUGUUGGUGACAAGGAAGAGAAGUCCGUGCAUUUCUCAGCCAUUGCAGAGGCUCAGAAGCUGAGUGCCGAGUCGAUGGCUGCCUCCUGCUGGCCCCCUGUUCUGUCCUAUCCCCGGGAUGUGAUCAAAACUUCUCCCCAGGCAGAGCCCCACUUGUUCCAGUAUAACCCACCAGGACACCCCAUCCCACUCAACCUGCAUGAGAGCUCUCGUUCAGGGCUGCAGAGAUUAGCCAGCAUCUCCAACCCUCCUCCCCUCAUCUCCUCCACCAAGCACCCCUCGGUGCUGGAGCGAUCCGUCGGAUCCAUUUCCCAGGGAAUGCCCAUCCAGCUCCACACACCCUACAGCCCCGAGCACGCCAAGGUCCCCGUGGGUUCCAUCACCAUGGGCCUGCCACUCACCAUGGAUCCCAAGAAACUGGUGCCUUUUCCUGGAGUAAAGCAGGAACAACUUUCUCCUAGAAGCCAGGCCAGCCAGCCCGAAAGUCUGGUUCUGCAGCCGUCCCAGGAGGGCUCCAUCCUGCGGGGUACUUCCCUCAGCUCUGCCUCGGGAGGAAGCAUCACCAAAGGAACACCCACAUCCAGACCCCCUCCGGAGUCGCCCAUCACCUACCGAGGGUCCAUCACACAUGGCACCCCGGCAGAAGUGCUGUACAAAGGAACCAUUACCAGGAUAAUCGGAGAAGACAGCCCCAGCAGAGCGGAGAAGGCGAGGGAGGAUGCCGUGCCCAAAGGACAUGUCAUCUACGAAGGGAAGAAAGGCCACGUGCUGUCCUACGAGGGUGGAGUUGCUGCUUCUCAGUGUCCCAAAGAAGACAGCAGGAGCUCGGGAGCUUCCCAUGAGACCACAGGAACUAAGCGGACCUAUGAUAUGAUGGAGGGGAGGAUCAGCAGGGGCUUAUCAGCCCGUGAUACCUUAUCUACCAGCAUUGAAGGUCUCAUGGGUCGAGCCAUCCCUCCAGACCGACACAGUCCCCACAACCUGAAGGAGCAGCACCACAUGCGAGGCUCAAUUACACAAGGAAUACCUCGGUCCUAUGUGGAGGCCCAUGAGGACUACCUCAGAAGAGAAGCCAAACAGCUCAAGAGGGAAAACACUCCACCAAGGGACUUAUCUGAUGCCUACAAGGUCAGAUCUCACGAUCUGACUCCUCUGAAAAUGAAAUCAGCCCAUGAGGACCUGGUAGCCACGGUGAAAGAAGCAGGAAGGUCAAUCCAUGAGAUUCCCCGGGAGGAGCUGAGGCGGACCCCAGACAUCUCUCUGACCAGACCUCUGAAGGAAGGCUCCAUCACGCAGGGUACCCCACUGAAGUACGACAGCGGCUCUUCCUCCUCGAGUACCAAAAAGCACGAUGUGCGCUCCAUCAUCGGCAGCCCCGGCAGGACGUUCCACUCUGUGCAUUCUCUGGAUGUCAUCCAAGACCCGAGGAACCUGGAGAGAGCUUACGAAGAGAGCCUGAAAAACAGGCCAAGCCCUGUGACAAACUCGAGUGGCUCCAUCGCCAGAGGGGCUCCUGUGAUUGUACCCGAGCCGGGCAAGCCCCACCAAAGCGCCCUGGGCUACGAGGACCACCAGGCAGGGCACAGCACGGCCUUCAGCAGCCACUUGCACAGAGGGUCUCCAGUCUCCACGCGGGAGUCCACGCCCCGGCAGCACGAAGGGAGCAUCACUGCUGGGAAGCCAGUGUCCCAGGACAGAAAGAUCACCCCCACAUCACGAGAGCUCACCAACUCCAAGUCCCCGCACGCCCCCGUGCCCGACCACCACCACCCCAUCUCCCCGUACGAGCACCUGCUCCGCGGCGUCAGCGGCGUCGAUCUGUACCGCGGGCACAUCCCGCUGCCCUUCGACCCCGCCGCCAUCCCCCGGGGAAUCCAACUGGAAGCAGCUGCUGCUUACUACCUGCCAAGGCAUCUAGCUCCGAGCCCCACGUACCCACACCUGUACCCCCCGUACCUCAUCCGGGGCUACCCGGACACGGCCGCCAUGGAGAACCGCCAGACCAUCAUCAACGACUACAUCACGUCGCAGCAGAUGCACCACAACGCCGCAGCCACGGCCAUGGCGCAGCGCGCAGACAUGCUGCGCGGGCUGUCGCCCCGGGAGCCCUCCCUCGCCCUCAACUAUGCAGCAGGCAUCAUCGACCUGUCCCAAGUGCCACACCUGCCUGUCCUCGUGCCCCCCACCCCUGGCACCUCUGCCACCACCAUGGACCGCAUCACCUACAUCCCUGGACCCCCCCAGACCUUCGGCAGCCGGCACAGCAGCUCCCCACUCUCCCCAGGAGGGCCCACGCACAUGACCAAGCAGUCAGGAUCAUCAGUGUCCGAACGGGAACGGGAGCGGGAGCGGGAACGAGAGAGGGAGCGUGAAAAAUCCAUCCUAGCCUCCACCACAGUGGAGCAUGCGCCCAUCUGGAGACCAGGUACAGAGCAGCCCAGCAGCCGUUCGUCCUCGCACUCCCACAGCCACCAGCACUCUCCCGUCUCACCCCGCACCCACGAGACCAUCCAGCAGCGCCCCAGCGUGCUCCACAACACGAGCAUGAAGAUCAUCUCCUCGGAGACCCCCACCCCUUCCGUCCUGCGAUCCUCCUCCACCACCACCACGUCACCGAUCCGCUCUGCCGCCUUCCCCUCCGCCUCCACCCUGCGCUCCUCCCUCAGCGCGGCCGACGGCUACCCGGCCCCUCUGGACCCUUCCAUCCUGCAGAAAGAGGCCUCCAGGGCACGGGAAGCCAAGACAGAACGAGCCCAGACUGACAACAACGUCUACACCUCAAAGCUGCCCAGCGGGGCCAACCUCGAGCAGUCGCCUUCGCCCAUUAAAGCCAUGGAGUCGAGACCUUUGCCCGCCUCCUCUGGUUCCUCUCAUCACUAUGGCAGGGGACAGGGGAAAAGCCAGCAGCACCACCACCCUCUGGACCAGCAGCACGCAGCCUCAGGCUCCGAGCAGCACAGUAGAGAAAAGAGUCAAAGCAAACGCUUUGCCAUGCAGGAGCAGGAGCUCCGAGCACUCGGCUUCCAUGGAGGCUACAGCCCUGAGCGGAUGGAAGCCGUGAGUCCCGUGAGCUCGCCCAGCCUGUCCCAUGAGAAAGGGGCCAAGCUGCUGCAGGACACAGAGAAGGGGCACGGGGAGCACGACCUGAGGCAGAAGCAGCAAGGCUCGCUGAAGGCCCCAGCUCCUGAAGCCGCCCACCUGCAGCACCUGAGGCAGCCUGACAGCCCCCAGUGCCAGCCCCUGCAGUCCAGCCAGAGCAUCAAGGGCAUGAACCAGCGCGUGGUCACGCUGGCCCAGCACAUCAGUGAGGUCAUCACGCAGGACUACACGCGCCACCACCCGCAGCAGCUCAACUCCCACAUCCAGGCCCCGGUGUACUCGUUCCCCGGCGCGGCGUGCCCGGUGCUGGACCUGCGCCGCACGCCCAGCGAGGCCUUCCUGCAGCAGCAGGAGCACACGGCCUCACGCAUCUCCCCGCACAACGAGGGGGGAAAAAGGUCCCCGGAGCAGGGCAAGGCGGCGGCGGGGGGCCCGGACAGCUGUAUCGAGCCCGUGUCUCCACCAGACGGCGUGGGAGAAGCAGAGCACGCCAAGAGCGCCCCGUACCCCGUCCUGUUCCGAGAGGGAGAGCCCAUGGACCAGAGGAUGGGGUCCAAGUCCCCAGGAAACAACACUCAGCGUCCAGCUUUCUUCAGCAAGCUGACUGAAAGCAACUCGGCCAUGGUGAAGUCCAAGAAGCAGGAGAUCAUCAAGAAGCUCAGCACGACCAACAAAAACGAGACGGAGUACAAUGUGGGGCAGCCUGGGACAGAGAUUUUCAACAUGCCAGCGAUUACUGGAGCAGGGCUAAUCAGUUGUAGGAGCCAGUCGGUCCAAGAGAAUUCCAGUACCAACAUGGGGUUGGAGGCAAUAAUUAGGAAAGCCCUAAUGGGUAAAUAUGACGAGCAGUGGGAAGAGCGCUCACCUCUCAGUGCCAAUGCUUUUAACUCUCUGAAUGCCAGUGCAAGCCUGCCCGCUGCUAUGCCCAUAACUCCUGCUGAUGGACGAAACGAGGACGUGCGCUCCUUGCCAGGAGGAGGGGGGAAGCCAAAGAUCGCUGCCAGACCCAACAGCCGCAAGGCCAAGUCCCCGGCGCCGGGUCUGUCCUCGGGCGAGCGGCCGCCCUCGGUGUCCUCGGUGCACUCGGAGGGCGACUGCAACCGCAGGACCCCCCUCACCAACCGCGUCUGGGAGGACAGGCCCUCGUCUGCAGGUUCGACGCCCUUCCCCUACAACCCGCUGACCAUGCGGCUCCCCAGCGGGGUGGUGACGGCAGCGCCCAGCGCCCCGCUGCCGCAGGGCACCCCCGGCAGCCAGCACCACGCCUGGGACGAGGAGCCCAAACCCCUGCUCUGCUCCCAGUACGAAACCCUUUCGGACAGUGAAUGAGAGGAGCCAGGGGCAGGGAGACGGCGACCAAACCCGGGGCACGGGGAGCGAGCGGGACACCCGGGGCGAGCGCCCACCGCCCCGGCCCCGCCGGCUCUCACCAGCGAAGAUGCAGGAGCAGAGCUAUUUCAUUUUUCCCUUUUCCUUAUUUUUUUUUUUUUACCCCUUCCCUCCCAACCAGCCAAUUUGGUGGAGAGGAUGGUUUUGUUUUUAUUUUUGUUUUUUUUUUUAUUUCCUUUGGGUUAUUUUUUUUUUUUUUUCCUUUCUCAACAUCUGGAAAUUUCUGCAUCCUCUUCGGUCUGAUACAGAAAAGAAGAUAAAAAAAAAAAAAAAAGCCUUAACGAGACAAAACCCAAGGAACCCAUCUUGGAUCGUGCUGGGCGGUGCCCCCGCGCUGGAGAGGGACCGUGAGCGGCCGUGUGUCCGUCCUGAGCGGCCGCGUGUCCGUCCGGGGCCACGUGUCCGUCCGGGGCCGCUCGGCUGCUCCGCACGGGGCGAGGCGCCGCGGGACGUUCCCGCCGAGUUGGCAGCGGGCCGUGGGAUGCUCCCCACACCCGGCCAUGGGGAUGUGCCUCAGAAUUGCAAAACCUUGAGCGGGUUAAAGGAAAGAUUUAAAAACAAACAAAAACAAAAACAAACGGUUGAGAAGUGAAGCGGGACAGAAGGCCCCAGGUCGGUUCCCUGGCUCAUCCGAGGGCAUUCCCGUGUCAGACGUAUCAGCCCCGCGACGACACGCUUGGAACGUGGCUGGGAGGAGCGGGCAGGGGAGGGAGUGAAGAGCUGUUUCUUAAAAAAAAAACCCACACAAAAGAUCCUGGUCCCUUCGAUGGAAGCAAUCCUGGUCACUCGGAGCGGGCAGGGACGUCCCCGGGCUGGCGCACGCUGCCCACCGAGGGGCUCGGUUGCUUUAAGUGCAUUGUUUUCUGAAUGGUGAGAAAAGGCAAUUGUAAAUUGUAUUGGUCUACAGGGUAUAUUUUUGAUACCUUCAGUGAAUUAUGUCAAUAUUUUACGCAAGGAAGGACUUAAACAAAACACAGUAUUACAUGCUGUAAAAGAGGUUCUGUUCUUACAUGCAGGCUUUGAUGCAUUUGUCCAUUGUAUGGAAGGGUUUAAAAAAAAAAAAAGGUAACAGUGAUCCAUCCAAGUUAUCUGGGAGUCAGGAGAAUGUAUGUACUUAGUUUAAAAAAAAAAAAAACCAAACAAAAAUCUUGCCAUGGUUGCAGGGCCCCCCGUUACACACACCUUUGCUGGUUGUAGACGUUGAUUCUCCAGAGCCCUCUGAGCUGGCCAGGGCAGGGGCAGAGUGGGCAGGAGGCCAGCGUGGCAGGGAGUUCACAGGAAACUUUAAAAAAAAAAAAAAAAAAAGGAAAAAAAGUUAAAAAAAAGUUUUUAUUGUAUUUUUGUGAUACACACGAAUGCUCUACUUUACAUUAUUUUUUUCAUUCCAUGAUGUUGGCUCAUAUCUGCAGUUACAUGGUUAAAGAACAAAAAUAUUAGACUUUUUUUCAUUCACUUCUGCUUUCUCGCUCUGGGGGGAAAACAAAUGGCAAAAAAAAAAAAAAAAAAAAAAAGGAUAAAAAAAUAAAAUGUAUUAAAUGCUUUGCAUUCUAUACGCUAGAGGAGCCCCAGCCCGGCCCAGCCUCCGGCAGCCCCGCGGGCUCAGGCGCCGUCACCUUCCCCAAGGAUCUUUCUUUUCCCCCUGCAACGUUCCCAGGUUGAUUCUGAUUUCAAAGCAAGAGAAUGAUGGUGUUUGUUGUUUGUUUGGGGUUUGUUUUUUGGUUUAUUUUGGUUUUUUGUUUGUUUUUUUUUUCUGUUGGGUUUUAUUUUUUGUUUUGUUUUUUUACAAUGUACAGGUUUUUAAAUGUUCAUCAAUGUUUGUGUCUUUUCUGUUGUGCUUUUUUUUUUUUUUUUUUUAAGAAAAAAAUCCGAGACAAUGCACAAGCGAUGUGGAAAGUCUUUGCGUUCCCAGGUUAUUGCUGCUGGUGUCUCCGUGGCUCUGAGCUGUACAAACUCACAGAGCUGAUGUCUGGGCAAAACGCUAUUAAAAUGUUGCAGAUUCUGCUGGGAAAAAAAAAGAAUUAUCCAAAUCUGACCCAUCUUCAAAGCCGCCUCCUGAUUCGGAAACAAAAAAACAGCAGAAAAAUCCCCAACCACAACAAAGAAUAAAGUUCCCACUUGGCACAGUA